GGUGUCGGGCCGGCGGCGCAGUGCAGGAGCCGGAGUGCGAGCGGGAGCCGGGCCGGGAGCGGGGCUCGGCCGGCGGCAGCAGCAGAGCAGCACCGCCGCUUCGCUGCCGUCUGGCGGAACGGGGCGAAGCGAAGCGGCCGGCGGGUCACGCCGCCUCCCCUCGCUGGUCUGUCCCCCCCCCCGCGUUCCCGUGAGCCGCUCCCCGCCCGGGUCCCGCGGGUGCAGCAUGAAGUGCGGCGAUGGCCCGGAGAGGUAAGACGGCGGUGAGGACGCUGGAAGACCUGACGCUGGACUCCGGGUAUGGUGGCGCGGCGGACUCGGUGCGCUCCUCCAACUUGUCGCUGUGCUGCUCGGAUUCGCACCCCGCGUACCCCUAUGGAGGAAGCUGCUGGCCGCACCUAACUGACUCCAUGCACAGUCGGCACAACAGCUUCGACACCGUCAACACCGUCCUAGCGGAAGACUCCGAGGUGCUGGACUGCGCGGGGCAGCAGUGCUCCCGGCUCCUGCCCGACCUUGAGGAGGUCCCCUGGAGCCUGGAGGAGGUGGAGGCACUGCUGCUGCCGCCGCCGCCGCGCCGGGAGCCGCGGGCGCCGGGCGCCGCCAGCCCCGGGAGCCGGGAUGCGGCGGCGCGGCUCUCGACGCUGGUGAGCCGGGCGCUGGUGCGCAUCGCCCGGGAGGCGCAGCGGCUGAGCCUCCGCUUCGCCAAGUGCACCAAGCACGAGGUGCGGAGCGCCAUGGAGAUCGUCCUGGGCUGGACGUUGGCGGCCCGCUGCACGGCGGCCGCCCUGGGCGCCCUCUCCCUCUACAACAUGAGCAGCAGCGGCGGCGACCGCUUCAGCCGCGGCAAGUCGGCCCGGUGCGGACUGGCCUUCUCCGUGGGCAAGUUCUACCGCUGGAUGGUGGACAGCCGCGUGGCCCUGCGCAUCCACGAGCACGCCGCCAUCUACCUCACGGCGGGCACCGAGAGCCUGUUCCGCGACAUCCACGCGCGGGUCCUGGCCGGCCCUGCCGCCCCGCUCCCGCCGCCCGGCCGCCCUCCGGCCGCCGCCGCCGCCGCCCCGGCCGAGAAGGAGAAGGAGGGCGGCGAGGCGCCCCGCUUCACCCUGGAGGCGCUGGAGCAGACGGUCAACAACGACCCCGAGCUCUGGGGCUUGCUGCAGCCCUACCAGCACCUCAUCUGCGGAAAGAAUGCCAGCGGUGUUCUCUGCCUGCCGGACAGCUUGAACCUUCACAAAGACCAGCAAAGGUCAAACAAGCCUGGGGAGGUGCAGAUGUUCAGCCAGUCAGAGCUAAGGACCAUCGAGCAGUCUUUACUUGCUACGCGCGUGGGGAGCAUUUCUGAACUCAGCGACCUGGUGUCUCGAGCAAUGCAUCACCUCCAGCCCCUCAAUGCCAAGCAGCACGGGAAUGGGACACCAAUGCACCAGAAGCAGGGAUCGUUCUACUGGGAGCCAGAGGCUCUCUACACCCUUUGCUACUUCAUGCACUGUCCACAGAUGGAGUGGGAAAACCCCAAUGUGGAGCCAUCAAAAGUUACGCUGCAGACUGAGAGGCCGUUCAUUGUGCUGCCUCCCCUGAUGGAAUGGAUUCGGGUUGCCGUGGCUCACGCGGGGCACCGUCGCAGUUUCUCGGUGGACAGCGAUGACGUGCGGCAGGCAGCGAGGCUCCUGCUGCCGGGAGUUGACUGCGAACCUCGACAGUUAAAAAUCGACGACUGUUUUUGUGCGUCUCGGAAACUGGAUGCAGUUGCCACUGAAGCGAAGUUCAAGCAAGACCUCGGUUUUCGGAUGCUCAACUGUGGCCGAACGGAUCUGGUUAAACAAGCCAUAUCCUUGCUGGGGCCAGAUGGGAUUAACAGCAUGAGUGAACAGGGCAUGACUCCACUGAUGUAUGCUUGUGUCAGGGGUGAUGAGGCUAUGGUGCAGAUGCUGCUAGAUGCUGGAGCAGAUCUAAAUGCUGAGGUUGUCAGUACUGCUCAUAAAUACCCAUCCGUCCACCCUGAGACCCGCCAUUGGACAGCUCUGACAUUUGCUGUGUUGCAUGGACAUAUUCCUGUAGUUCAGCUGUUGCUGGAUGCUGGAGCAAAGGUAGAAGGUUCCUUGGAGCAUGGAGAGGAAAAUUACUCUGAAACUCCUUUACAGUUGGCAGCAGCUGCUGGAAAUUUUGAACUCGUCAGUUUGCUGUUGGAGCGAGGAGCUGACCCCAUGAUAGGAACAAUGUACAGGAAUGGCAUUUCCAUGAAUCCACAAGGUGACAUGAACUCUUUCAGUCAGGCUGCUGCACAUGGACACAGCCAUCCAGAGGAACAUAGAUACAGGAAUGUCUUUCGUAAACUGCUUGCUCAGCCAGAGAAGGAGAAGAGCGAUAUUCUGUCACUGGAGGAGAUCCUGGCUGAGGGAACAGACUUGCCCGACUCGGCAGCAGCUCCGCUCUGCGCCAGCCGCAACAGCAAGGCCAAGCUGAAAGCCCUGAAGGAGGCCAUGUACCACAGCGCCGAGCACGGCUACGUGGAUGUGACCAUUGACAUACGGAGCAUAGGUGUUCCCUGGACGCUCCACACGUGGCUGGAGUCUUUGCGCACGUCCUUCCAGCAGCACAGACGACCCCUCAUCCAGUGCUUGCUAAAGGAAUUCAAGUCCAUUCAGGAAGAAGAGUACACGGAGGAGCUUAUCACACAAGGGUUGCCUCUGAUGUUUGAGAUACUGAAGGCCAGCAAGAAUGAAGUGAUCAGCCAGCAGCUCUCUGUUAUUUUCACUCAUUGCUAUGGACCCUACCCAAUUCCAAAGCUGGUUGAAAUUAAGCGCAAGCAGACCUCCCGCCUAGAUCCCCAUUUUCUUAACAAUAAAGAGAUGUCAGAUGUUACAUUUCUGGUGGAAGGAAGACCGUUUUAUGCACAUCGAGUGUUGCUAUUUACUGCAUCACCAAGGUUUAAAGCAUUGCUGUCUAGCAAGCCCUCAUCUGAUAGUACUUGUAUUGAGAUCAACUAUGUGAAGUACCCCAUCUUUCAGCUGGUUAUGCAGUAUCUUUAUUAUGGAGGUGCAGAGUCACUCCUGAUUAAAAAUAAUGAAAUUAUGGAGCUUCUCUCUGCUGCUAAAUUUUUCCAGCUUGAAGCUUUACAACGACACUGUGAGAUCAUUUGUGCAAAAAGCAUUAAUACAGAAAACUGCGUGGAUAUUUAUAAUCAUGCCAAGUUUCUCGGCGUCACAGAACUAUCUUCCUAUUGUGAAGGCUACUUUCUAAAAAAUAUGAUGGUCCUCAUUGAAAAUGAAGCUUUCAAACAGCUGUUGUAUGACAAGAAUGGAGAAACAUCUGGUCAAAAUGUACUAGAGGACUUACAGAGGACGUUGGCCACAAGGAUUCAGUCAAUUCAUUUGUCUUCUUCAAAGGGCUCCGUUGUGUAAAGCUGAGGAAGAUGGCAACCCUCUGAUAAAAGACCCUGCAAGUUAAGUCUGCUGUUGCAGUUGCUUAAACCUGUUGCAGUUGCUUAAACGACUACAAAAAAGAAAAUUUAAGAAAUUCUACUUCGCAUCCAAAUAGUUCUGUUUUGGCCAAAGGUGCUGCGCUGGGGCUGUAUCCCUGUUUGGAUGACAGAAUACAGAAAACCAAGUUCCUCCAUGGUUUUGAGCAAACUGGGUACAAGAGUUUCUGGUGAAUUGCUGUUGUACUCAAAUCCUGAACAUAAGCCUCUUUGUGGAUCUUGAUGCCAACAAAAGCCAGAACUCACAUCAGUGAACAGCAGAAGCCCCUGCCUUGAAGGGUAGUGCUGGGGAACACCUGAAUUGACCAAUUAAUCAUUUAAGUCAGAUUUGUUCCAGUGUUACACAUUUAAGAACUGUAUCUAUCCCGGAGUCCAUUAUCUCAUGCAUUUGAGAAAUGUAAGAACUGUUCUUGCUGUCAAGCAAAGAUCAGCUGUAUUAGAGAGUGGGUAAGACUGUUGCAGUCAAGGAAAUAUACUGGCAGAUUUUUAGGGGUGGGAACUUUUUAAAUUGUUCAUAAAAAAUGGGGUGGCCUUGUAGUUUAAAAACUAUUUCUUAAGCUUAAAAUUUCAUUUUCAACAGAGCUGUGUUUGAGAAUCUAUGUAACAUGUUUUGUUUUUUUAAAUGGUAAAAUGUACAUUGUGUAAACAUACAUAUGAUCAAGUUUUGCUUGUAUUCUUUCCUAGGGUGGUAUAAUCUUGCCUAACAGGCUAUGGUUACACCAAAGAGGUACAUUACCCAGACUAUCUCUAAUUUAGUAGUUGGAGGGGGCAGAAGAACUGCAUGCUACUCGUGAUUUGGGGUUAAAAACAAUGACAAACUCAACAAACAUGCGUUUGCAUGGUAACUGUACCUGUGAAAUGUUACGUUCGUGCUUUGUUUCGCCAAGACAAAUGCAAUGUUACUUCUUGUCAAACUUCAUUUGUGAAAUUAGCAUAUUUUUUUUAUUUGGUGCGAUUGGCUGUGAUAUGAUACCCCUGGAGCUCCUUCUCGAGGUGCUGAUUUGUUUGUUGCAGUGAAGGGAUAAUAACAGAUCUUUACUUGAGUAAUGUGUGCAUAUUUUGCUACUGGCCAGAGAUUGUUGUCCGAGUUAGACUUUUUUAAAUUAUAAUUAAAUAUGUACUAUAGAAUGAUUCCUCACUGUAUCCUGAGAAUGUAUAGGUUAUCUACAAGUGCAGGGCUUGGGUGGGGUGGGAUGGGGGUGUGAUUUAAAAUGUCAAAGCUUUGUUUAUUUUGCAGCAUAUUGUUAGCAAGACAAAUCUGCUAUGUGCCACAACGUUCCUGAUGCUCUGUCUCUGCAAGCCACAGCAAGAAGUAGGCAAAGAUGUUGCCUUCUCCAUGACAAAGUGACAUUAAUAUACUUACUUUCUAGACUGCCAUUCAGAAAAUUUAGAAGUUUUAUUUUGACAGUGAAUGUUAACCUCUUUUUUCUUUUGUUGAAGCAUCUACAUCAGGUGCCCUUCCAUGUUGAUAGCUUUUGACAUGCUCAGAAAACACAGUUUUGGCUUUUGUUAUCAACACAGUAGGAAGCUGUUUUAUGACUAAGGUGUAAAUCCUCCUUUAUGCUUGGUCUUGUACAGUUUCUGCAACAAAUUACAAAAUACCUAAACUGCCAAUAAUGUUGCAGAGACACAACAUGUCAGUCAAUUACACUUUUUUUUCCUGCAUAGAUGUUGACACAAGAUGUUGUCCGGAACACUUAAGUAAUGUCAAGUUCUGUGUUGCAAUUGUAGAGAAGUGCGAGACCGUAGUUGAUGCAACAGCAACAACACACAGGGGUGCUUGUUGUGGUUUGGUGUGCCUCCACAUCCAUAGAAGCCCAUCCUUCCAUGCUAGUGAUAACUAGGUAGCAGCAGACCUCACCUCACAGCUUCAUGGUUUAAAAUAGCAAAGUUUUUCAAACAAUAAUCGUGAUCUUAAAUAGGAAGGAAACACUGAUAACUCCGUGCUAGUCUUUCUUCUGGUGAGUUGAGAGUAUCUGUGGUAACGUUCAGUAGUUUUCUUUCAUCAAUAAAGGGCUUAAUAGGGUGGCUGUAUGUGGAGUGGUCGCUGUGUUUGGGCACUCAGAGGCAGAUGUGACAGAGUGCAGCGGCCUCCAAACACACUCAGCGUCCAUCUGCAGCAGAGCUGUGCCAGCCCCCUCGUGUGUCCCCAUGUGCUCCUUCCUGGGCUUGUGGAUCAAGAUGGCUGGAAACGUGGCACCCACUGCUGCCACUUUGCUGGUGUCUGGCAAGUGGUAGGAGAGGACAAACCCCAAGAAGUUGUCAUCCAAAAUGUUACAGGUAGGGAUCGUGGCUAUGGAUUUAUACAGGAAUAACUUUUUCCCUUCAAAAACGCUGGUAAAUCCCAACAUCAUAGAUGUAUAGCUGAAAGAAACCUUAAAAUAGGAGUCAUAAUUUUCAAUUCUUUUUUGACCAGUGACCUCCAUCAGUUUUGUCAGCAGAAGAGCCAGCCUGGCUGUAACCUGGCAUUCGUUUCUCCUGGAAGCAGCCAGCAAACUGUUGUGGAUCCACAAACCAGAACUUGGAAAGUGAUUUUAGUGUGCCUGUGCUGAUGUGAGGCUGGGUGAGGUCUAACUGAGCCAUGUCGGACAAUGUGCAGCUUGCCAGGCUCUUAAACAUCCAGUCACAGGGAUCCAUGAUCUUCACCACUCUCAUAAUCCGAAGGUUUUCCUAAGAGACUGUUCAGAAUUUCUUCACUGCCAAUCGAGUCGCUUUUCCUUCAAGCCCUGAUUGACAGGAAAACCAGAUGAUCUUACAAGUUCUUUUUUAAGGUUAUUCUGUGUAUGAAAGGAAUUAUCUUAUUUGCCUCACUAGUAUAAUCUUUGCUAGUUCCUUUGCUAGUGUUUUCUACGUCUCUGAUUUUUGCUGUCAGUCCCCUCAUGACUUCCCAUUUUCCACAUUUUCAGUACUGCAGCAGGAGCUUUAUACAGUAAUAAGCAAAGCAGGGUAACUGUUCUCUGUGGUUUAUGUAAAGCAUAUCAGAAAAUAUAUCCCCAGAUAUUUUCUACAAGAACAUCCCAUGGCCGACUUUGAUCCAGUCUGUCUAAUAAUUCCUGAGGGAUUCACUGCUGCCUUCCCAGGAGUUCCAUCUUUAUUUCUGCAUUUGUUUACUACACCUUUCAAAGUAUAACACUUUCAACUUCUCUUUAUUAGAUUUGUUCUGCUCUAACCGGGGCAAUUUCCUCACUUCAUCAAGAUCAGUUGCAAUUCUGAUCCUGUCUUCUAGCCUAUUUCAUAAUCUCCAAGCUUUAUUAUACAUGGCUUCAUGCAUGGAUUCUUCAUUCCAUUAAUCUGGGGCUGGGGGGAAGGGCUCUGUUGUCAGUUUAAUCUGAAAAUCAGUGUGAGUUUCAGUGGGUGUCCAUGAAUACCAUCCCUGUCAGAUGAGGCUCUUUUCAACAGAGCAUUUUAUUAGCAUUUUUUUGAGACAUGGUGUUAUCAUCUUAGAAAACAAAAAGCCUUCUGUUCCUUUAGUCUUUGUAUGAGUUACAAUAAUUUACAAAUUUGGAGGCAAAAUAUUGCCUCCAGUCUUGGUGAAAUGGAAAAAAAUGCAACAUCCUUAGAAAAAACUUGUGAUUUUCUUUUUUAAUCAUAACUUUCCAACCUGUAAUGAGUGAAGGUGCCUUUCCAUUUGUCUUUUUUAUACUAAUCCAUGCUGUAAUAUUUGAGGACUUGCAGACAUCCUGUCCCUGCCUCAUGGCAGAUCUUUCCUUCUGUCACUACACGGUCCUCCCUUAGUUUCCAGAAUUUCCUCACAUUUCCACUUUGCCUCACAUGCUGCCAGUUUCCACACUUCCCAGUUUUUUUACUCUAGAGCCCCGCCGGAUACCUUCUCAAGCCCAGAAAGGGUAUCAGUGUUCUCCUGAAUGGGCGAUUUUCCAAUAAUGGGCUCAAGAGCUGGGAAGAGAAAAGGAUGGGGAAUGUAGGAGGGCAAAGGUUUUGGACAUCACAGAUGAAGCUGGUAUUCUUUUCAUUACAAAUUUCAGCACUGUCUACUUCUUUCUCAGAUUUUCCCCUGAUCUGUUCCUUAUGCCUGCUGUCCUCUAAACACAGCUGGUGGCCAGAUGCUCUCUGUUCUGGAAAAGGGCCAGGGCUCUAAUGGCUAAGAUUAUUUUUUCCCCAGCUAAAACUUUUACCUGCUUGGCUUCAGCUCCAGAGUAGAUUUGUGCAAAUGUCUAUUAAAGACAGAGGAAACAUCUUUAAAAAGGUGUGAAGGCUUAGUAGCCAGGCUCUUAUUUGCACUAAUGAAUGCUGCUUGCUGAAUCCCCCACAUGCUGCUUUUGACACUGAGGCUUUUUCCACUGAAUGUCCACAGGCUUCAUACCAAAUGGUGCACAAGUCCUGGAUGGGCUGUAGUGUGUGGUAGGAUGGGCACUUUCAGAAAUUCUGGUUUUGUUUCAAAGCACAGCACCAUGUGCUGCUCUUUAAAGAUUAAAAGAAAAAGGGAAAUCCUCAGUUUGUAAUGAAAUAAACUGCUCUGAGGUGCUGCAGUGAGAAAAAAAGAAAGGGCAUCUCCUCUUCCCACCUGUACCUGUCUAAAAUAAGAGGAGGGUUCUGUUACAGCGUGCAAUGCAACAAGGUCUGCGGGGACCCAGGCAUGCUUCCAGAGAAAUACAGGUGGUGUAAAAGUUAACAUAUCCACAUACUCAAGGCAAGGAUUAGGGCAUCCCAGAAAAAAAGCCAUUCUUGUCCAUAGUUUAAAUCCUGGGAGAAGCUGGGAACAUAAAGAACUAGUCAAAGUCAGUUGCUGGUAUUCAGUGUCCCUCAGGAGCUGGCUCUGUCUUAAAAAUAUUGCUGAAAGAUGACAGCCUGAAGACUGCAUUCACUAAAGUUGCCUCUGAAGUUACUGGAUUUUUUUUUUCUUUUUUUUUGAUGAAUGAGAGUUACCUGAAGUCAAAAACUUCAGGUUAGUUUCUUUGACAAAGUGUCUUUCAUGUGAGGCUCUGCAACUGCUUUACAGAAAUGAAGGGCCUGAUAUUGCUUUCAUCCUCUGGUCCAGCGAUGUUGAAAUAUAUAAGCAUUAAAAAAGCUGCUUAGGAUUUGUCCUAACAUUUAAUAAACUAGCUUGCAGGAAGUUAGCCUUGAAAUAGCCCUCAAAUAAUAUCCGAAACCCCAUAGAUGAGAAUAUUAUUAAUUUUAUAUGUCUACCUAUAAGCACAACAUUUAUAUCUCUAACUUGCAGUACUUCCAAUCACAUCUUCCACGCACUUCUAGCAAUUAUAGCAAAAUUAAUGUUAUGUUAUUAUUUAACUUAUUUAUUUUGAGGUAAAGCCCUUUAUUUUCAGUGGGUGAAAAUCCAGGCUGCCUGCUCUGACCAGAUUAUCACAUUUAAUAGAAUUGCACCUGACCUACCAUUUGUAGCUGGCCUCCAAGGGCAAAAAACAGCAAAGACAAGUCUUCAGCUGUGGCUCAAUGAUCCAUGACUUCAACAAGACAGACCACUGCUGAAAACAUGAUGCAUGUGGUGCCCAAAGCAGAAGGAAAAUCAGGAAACCCUCAGAGACUAAUGGGAAUUUGUCAGCUGCCUUCAGUCAGGCUAAGAGCUGGGGAAGCAAGCUCAGUGUGGAUAGGAGGAGGGUAUUCAGUUUCUUUUUGUUACCAUUUAACCUGACGUUCUUUCACCUCUGUUCAAGGCUUCUUGCAUGGAACAGCCAUGGAUAGCCUAGUGUGUAUUUAUCUUGGAUGCAUGCAGAGGAGUUAAAAUGUGGUAUCUCACCUCUUCAAAGUUAGUAAUCUCAUUAGAUGAUGCUUUUUUGUGCUUUGCUUGGACUGCUUGUCACUAAAACACCUAGGAGACAUAGCAGCAACUUACUGAGGUAAGAGAGGUUGCACUGGCUGGAUAGGUUUAAUUCUACAAAAAUCUUAUGGUUUGCAUACUAUGUUGUUUAGUUGGCUAAAUCUGUCUACUUGAUGUGGAUGUACCAGAACAGCAAUUUUUUUUGUUUCUUUUCCUUUGGGGAGGCAUUUUUCACCCUUCUUUGGGCUUACAGCUUUGUUCUUUCAUCCUGUAGAGGUGAUGACAAUGUGAAUGGGCAUGCUUUGCUUAGGCAUCCAUGUUGGAUGGCACACUAAUGAAGAAGACUUAGUAAGGGAAGAGAACUAGGUACAAGAAUUUGAAUGUAUAACUCCAAAAUUUUGCCUUAGAUUCCAGAGGUAUAGUGUUCACUGUUUCCUAAUUUGUUUGUUUUCCAACUCAGAGUUUCCACGAAAUCCAAGGGGAGGGAAGGGAGGAAGAGAGGAAGCAGCCCUGUCUCUCACCACUUGCUUGACAUUCCCAAUCAGCCCAUUUGGCUCCAGUCUCUUCAGUGCUCACACAGAGGGUUUGCUUGGUCCCAUACUCAGAUAUGACCGUGGAGCUCUAGCAAUUGGUAGCUUUUGCUUGUCCUCGUAAAUAUCUCCACUGCUGCAGCUGCAAGAGUGACUUUGCCUGAACCCCUUUCCAUGUGGUUAACUUUGGUCUUUCCACUUCCCAUCAUCUCUGCUGCUGUGUUUUCAUUAAAACUUCCAUUACUUGGCUUAGCCCAGUGCAGUAAGAGGCAAUCUUGUUUCUUACUGCCUUUCUAAAGCAAACAAAGACAGGGAAAAAAACCUCUCUGAAAUACCCAAUGAGAAAUCAUUUAUGGUUUACAAUAAGCCACAUUAGAAAAUAGAGGUGCUCAGAACCAAAAAAAAAAAAAAAAAGACUGCCACUUUAGAAAAAUCCAGUGUGCUGGGAGGUCAUUUUAAUUAAUUAAGGUCAAAGCCUCAACACCUCGUAUAUUCUGUCAGGGACAGAUUAACAUGGUUCAAAACAUCUGGACUUGUUUGAGCUACAGAUUCAAGAGAGUCCAGCCUUAGCCCUUCCCCUUCCCAGCAGUGGAUAAGUUGACUAUCCUGUAGCUUACUGUGUGAGAGGCUUUCAAACAAGCCUUUCCAAAGUCUGGUUCUCUCUGUUCUGCAUAGCUUUUAAAGAGCUCACAGCACAUCUGCAAGCUGAGAUUUGCCCCUCAGUAUGGCUGAAAACCCCUUGUGCCCCAGUGCUGGUUGCGCCUCACUGGGGCAGAAAGUAGAAAGGAGCACAGAAAGCCUCUGGAGCCUCAUCAGCCAGCAUCCAAGCACUCACUUGGUCAAAUACUCUGCUUAACCUGCUCAAGCCUGUCUAGACUGAUAGACAAAUUUGGGACAGUCGGUUCAAUGCCUUGGAAACUGAUUUUUGCCUUGCAGUUUUUGAGCCAAUGACUAAUUAUGCCAUUUGGGGACAUGGUAAAAUGUGCAGUCUCACUUGGUUUGUGAGUCUAUCCAUUGAAGAAUACAAGAACUAUAGGAAAGUAUUUCAGAGCUUUUUGGCCUGACCUCAUGUUCCUGGCUAAAUUCCAGUUAGUACUAGAAAAAUUUGACCUAUUUAAGUCCCAUCAGUGCAUUUCGACCAGUGUGUUGCUUCCUGUCCAUAUUUCUCUUGAGCAUCGGAGCUGUUGUACAGCCAUAUGUGCUGUACCAGUGGGGAACAGAGGUUCCUGAGCAUUAUGCAUAGAAUAAAUAAGUAAAUCCCACUUUGCAAGCUAGGACAUUCCUUCUGCUGAUCUCUCCGGCAUUAUGUGGACGGUUGAAUAAUGCAUCUCUACUGUUUAGAGCUCCAAGGUAUGGUCAAUGCUCUUUUUCCCCACUCCUUGCUCUGCCAACUGUCACAGAGAAAAGGGAUCUGGAUCCUGCAUUUUUUGAAGAGCAGCAGAGAAAAACCCAGAGGAAAUACCACAUUCUCUCAACACUCCCUUCCCCCUCCCCCCAGUAACAGGUGGGCUACUAGAGUGUCCUUCAGCCCUGCUCCUUUGGAAGCUUGUUGUAAUGUCAUUUGUGCAUCAGUUAUCCUCAGAGCAGGCUUUUGAUUAGGUUAAAGUCUGGAAAGUAUCUUAAGUCAUUCAUGACAGAAGUGAGAUGGUAAAAUAAUUUCAUUCUAAUGAGCCAUGCUGUGAAUUUUCUGCUUCUUUGAGAUUUUUUGGGGGUUGUGUUGUUUGGUUGGGGGUUGUGUGUUGUUUUGGGGCUUUUUUUAACUUGAGAAGAAACGACUAUGUAUAUGCAAUGCUUUGGAUUUUCUGUCUAUAGUUAUCUUUGUGUGUAUGUUCAAGAGAGAGAGAUGGACAGUAAAUAGAUCUACAGGAUAUGUUAUGAGGCGUGAAAUCAUGUUUGUAAUAAGAUUUCUUGUUAAUGGCAGUCAGCCUUCCUUGAUGCUAAGCAUUAAUGCAAUAUCCAUUAGUGCAGCUAAACCUCCCUCUGCUCCACUUUCCCAAAUGUGUUUCACUUUGUACCUAGUUUAGCAUUUAUAAAUAUUUGAUAUAGGGUUCAAGAAGUAAUUUACAUGUUAAGAAUAUAUGAAUGUUUGAGGAAAAAUACAAGUUAAGAUUCUACUAUAACAAAAAUUUGCAAACCAAACAUGAAAGCAUGAUGAAAUUUGCCCCAUUAAAAUUGCUGGAAGCCUUUUCAUUGAUUUUUUUAGUCUGUGGAUUAGGUCUGUUUUCCAUCUCUCUUUCAUACUCUGUCACCUUUGAAGUCUUUGCGUGUCUCGCACUUUCUAAGCCAAAUGCAUAUCUGUAAUUAGAAAGCACAGUCCCGAUCUUUAGAUGGAGAAUUGAUUCACUUCUGAAGGGCUGGGUUUGUGCCUUUAUGUUUAGAAUGGAAAGCAGCAGCUAAAUGGGGAAAUCCCAGCGUGAGCAUCCUGAAAAGACAGAAGAGCUAACACUGUGAGUGGGACAAUUCUUUAUUUCCUUUCUCCCUCUUCACAUCCCCUCCCACCUGUCCCUGAGAUGUCUUUGAACUUAAAGCUAGGAAAGAGAAGUAAAAACAAGAGGAAAGGAUGUGGUAAAAAUAAGAUGGUUUCUACAACAGUACAGAACCAUGGAGCUGAUCUUGAUUUUUUGCUGGUUUUAGGCAGACUCCUAAUUUGUGUAAUCUAAAUGCAGGAAUGGUUAUGAUUGUUUUGCAUUUGUUAUGGUUGUUAUGAAUUUGGGUUUGGGUUUUUGUUUGCUGCCAUCUAUUGUUGGGGUUUUAAGGGAAGGUUUCAUUUCCCUUUUUAUUGAGAAGCAAAUGAAAGAUCACAUAACCCGAGAGUAAUCAUCAACAAACAUAGAGAUACUGUCCUCCAUCCCACAGCUGUAGCUUAAAUACUGGUUUGUGGCUUCACAGGCAUGUUUGAGGUCGUCUAUAAUUAACACAGGUGAAACUUUCUUCCCUUUUGCUUAUCCAUUUAUGAUGGGUAAAUAUAAAAUAACAGAGUAUGAACAGCAGGAUGGCAGAUGUUUUUCAGUAGAGAAAGAUUAUAGCUAAGAAACACAAAUGUUUCUGGAACCAAAUAUUUUUCCUCAAAAAGACAGGCAUCUGUAGCUCAUUCAAAGGUGUCAGUCUCUUGACUCUGUUACGUGCUUUUGAAAAUUGCCUGUUAUGUGCUGUCAAUGUUUCAGAGCAAGCCCUUCCACUGAAGGCACUAAAUGAGGGCACUCAGAAGGGAAUGUAUUAAAAAUAGAGGAGCUCAGCCAUAAUUUGAGGUGGCAGCUUUUGUCCACUGUGUCCAAAACUUGAACAUUAUUUUAAUAGGUGUGUUUGUAUUUAAUUUCAUUUGGUUUUUUUAAAAUUGCUGCAGCACUCUCACAUUUUGUCCAAGUGCACCUAGGUUAUCUUAGACCCCACUCUGUCUGAUGCUGAUCCUUUUAAAAUCUCCAAAGAGAUUACGAUUCAUUUGUCAUUGCUAGAUGUCAUUUUUUUAAGGCUGUACAAAGGGAUGGCAGCAUGUGAAACCAGCAAGUUGUUUUUUUAUUAUUGUAUUACUCUGAAAAAGAGAAAAACUAACCAGAUCUUUGUUUCUUGUGUGAAAUACUCACCUUAGCUUGAGAGGACAUGUGCAAAGCCUCUGCUCUGAAUGCCUCGAUAUAAUCAAGUUACAAAAUGGAGGAAAAUGGUAUUAGAGAAAGAUUUUUGAGAAACGUAACUCCAGUGGAGCAGAACGUGCACUUGUUAAAGUCUGUUGCUCUCUCUCUCUCAUGAAGUCAGUGGGAAUCUGUAAUGGGAGUUACUGCAAGGCUGUAUGGUUUUUUAAUGCACGAGCAGAUGUAAUUUCCCAUCCAGUCAUCUGCACAGUUGCAGUGGGUACACCAGAAGGGCUGAAGGCCAAAUCCUGCUGUCAUUGCACACAGCCCCUCUACUUCAGCAGGGAUCAUAAACAUGUACUUAUGUUACUUGAGGUUUUUGCCGAAGAGAAAUGGGAGAGGAUAGGCUUUCCUUCUGCCCGUUGAUCACAGGCUUUGCGUUUCCAAUGACUUUAUUAGAAGCAUCAUAUAUUUACAUGCUGCAGAAUGAGGCCUGUGUGGGGUGGGAAAGAUUUUUAUGAAUUUAGACCUGCCUAAGAAAACAUCAACCAUUCUAAUUUUAGACAAGUUGCAUUCCAUAUCCAUCUGUUUAGUGGAUCAGUCUGAUGUUUGCUGUUUAGUAAAUUGCAUUGAGGCCUUUUUUAAAAUUUCUUUGAGGGCCUUGCCUGUCAUCAGCUAGUGUAAAAUAGUGCCAAGGACUUACAGAUAUACCCUUAGGGCCAAACUGUGCUAGCUCCACAUACCACAGUCCCAUCAAAACCAGGGAAAGCUGGACUGGGCACAGAAAUUGCAACCCCCUGAUGUCCAGUUACAUGUCCUGCCUCAUUUCACAGAGAUUGAUGACUUCCUGGAAAAAAAAACAAAAACACAUGGUGCCACUUCACCUCAGUUUAAAAUGUAUUGGAGUCAAGGAAAUUAUAUUAGACAUGACUGUAGUCUACCAAAUCCAGUCCUGUACAUAGGCAGAACUCCAAGGGAAAGCAAUGGGAGUUUCCAUUAUGGAGUUUGCAGAACAAAGCCUACAUAAUGAACUGUGACAAAAUGUCAACUUUGUGUAAACUCUCCUGGUGGGUCUGUAUAAAGGUUUUUUAAGAAAUCUUCAUUGUAACACACCAGAGAAUAAUAAACUUGCACCUUGAUAGAAUAGCUUUAUUUGUAUAUAUUCUAUGUAAAUUUUAAACCAGAGGAUACAUGUCAUUCCUUGUACAUAUCUGAUUAGAAUGAUGGCAGUGCUAUGCCCUGCUGUUUAGGAGAUCCAUGUUCUCCAGUUUCUUGGAUUUCCAACUGUAAAGGCUGCAGGAGACUGCUUGAGACCAGCCAAAACAUUGGAUGGAUAGAUGCUCACCACCCACUGCUUGGAAACGAAGGAGCAGGAUUUGGAACAGAUGUUGGCUAUGGAGAAGAUUGCUUGCCUCUACUCCUGGCUAAAGGACAAGUGCCUCCUUCGCUGUCAUCUCCAACAGAAGUGAUGUAUGGUCAAAGAGUGUGGAGGAUCUUCAGGGGCCUCUUUGGAGCUGUCUUUCCUAGUGGUCUGAGUUUAUAACGAGCCCACACUUUGGGUGUCACAUGGGAAGGUUCCUGAAGAAGCAGUGUGUACAUACAUCUACCUAUCUGUCUGUCUGUUAUCUAAUAUUCCAGUGUUUCUGUAUUGAAUGGUUUCAGUAACCUGUAAACAAGUGAUUGCUCCUGUUGUGUUACUGCUUUGAAAUUCUUUGCAUGCACUCUGGCAUAUAAUUCUUUAAGAAAAGAAAUUAUACAUAUUAUAUAUAUAUUGUAGCUUGCAAAAUAUUCAUGUUGAAGAGCCAUGUUUUGUGCAAAUUGUACAUUUAUGUUGUGAGCAAUAUUGCAAUACAAACCUUUAUUAGUUGUUGAUAGUAAAUUUGUCACCUUAUUUUUGAGCGUAUGUAUGUAUCCCAAGCUUUCAAACUCAGGCAUUAGAUCAACUACUGAAGGAGACUUUUUCUGUGCAGUAGAAACAGCACAGGCUUUCAGUAAAUAGGCAGGUGUGCAAGUCCCAUUCUGUUCAAUGCAAGCUGCAAGGCUGAUUCUUCAUGCAAUUUGUCAGGCCAAUACUUCUCUUUUGCCAGUGCUGGAAUUCGUGUUUGGUAUGAGGACGGUGUUGCGCUCAUCUAUAACAGAACUAAAACCCCAACCUUGCAAAAAACAAAGUGCUUAACUCCUACUGCCCUCUGUCUCCGCAGGUGCUUCAAUAUAAAUACAACGAGGACUUAAGGAACUUACAAUUUCCUGCCGGAUAGCCAAUUGUUAUGUUUUCAAAUGUUCAUGCUACAUAGUUUUCAAUUUAGGGGCUAGAUAAAAGUGUAAUACCAGUAUGGCUUUAGAAAAGUUACAGUGUUUGGAGCUUGACCUUGAAACUUUUACCUGAUUUCUGAACAUCAUUGGUGGCUUUGUUUGCUCAAUGUUUACCUCUGAGAAAUGUAUGCUAUUGAUUUAAAUGUUUAAUAUAUUGACUGCCUUUUUUUGUAUAUUUGUUAUCAUAAAGGUUUGGUUUAAAUGCUAACAAUUGUGGUCUAUUUUCAGACUUGAAAUACUUACAGUUCUGUAUUUGGAAGGCAAAGUUAUUAAUGAAUAUAGCAAUUUGGUAUUUUAUUCCUAUUUUAUACAGCUGCCCCCAUAGGUUAUUAUCAGAUGGCAAUGAAUAUUGCUGAACAGCAGGUGGAACUCCUUUGAGCGUGUUUAUGAGCCAUCUCUGUUCAAUAAAAAUUCCAUUGUUUUCUAGCCUAGGAAA